AUGAGUCAUGUUAAUCUUCCUACUUUCUUUCAAGGACUUGCACUUGAAACAACUACUUUCACAUUGAAUCAUGUUCCAUCUAAAUCGGUUCAAAAGACACCAUAUGAGAUGUGGACUGGGAAGUGUCCUAGUAUGUCUUUCAUGAAGAUUUGGGGUUGUGAAGCUUAUGUUAAAUGUCAAAUGUCUACUAAGCUUGAACUCAAAUCUCGAAGUGCAUCUUUGUGGGAUAUCCUAAGGAAACUAAAGGAUAUUAUUUCUUCAAUCCUAUCGAGAAUAAAGUGCUUGUUGCUUGGGCAGAAGUCUUCUUUGAAAGAGAGUUUAUCUUUAGAAAAGGAAAAGGUAGAAGAAUAG